UCACUAAUCCGUGACAAAUAGGAGAGGAGACAACACGGAGGAGCAACCACGCACGUGCGCUGCACGUGGGCGCUGGAACGAGAUUCCGUCAUCAGAAACGGAAGCGCAACCUCGGACACUGUAAAGCCCAACCAGUUUUUCUCCUUCCUUCUUCCCCGAAAAACCAGAGCUCCCGCUUUCAGUUGCUGCGUAUCUCUCGCCAUUGCAAGAGCAACAGCUCCUCGCACUUCGGGCUCCUCCUCCUCCUCCGGCCGCGGCGGCGCCCACUUCUGUUCAUGUGCAGCCGCGCGCGGUACCCGCAUGGCCAGAUCGACGUAGGCGAGAUUCGGCCGGUCCUCGCGGGCAUAUGAUGCCUUGUUGGUCGCUGGGAGACCGCAUCCGGCGCUUCCUUCGCGAUUACGACAGCCUCCAGUCCUUGGCCGUCGUCCUCAUUUACAUCCAAAUUGGUUGCGCAUUGGUGGGAUCGCUGGGCGCGAUAUACAACGGGAUUCUGCUCAUCAACUUGGCCAUUGCUCUGUUUGCUCUGGUGGCUAUCGAGAGUAGCAGCCAGAAGCUGGGUCGAACCUACGCCGUCCUUCUCUUCUGCGCGAUUCUGCUCGAUAUCUCCUGGUUCAUUCUCUUCACCUAUGAGAUAUGGAACAUUUCUUCUGAUGACUAUGGAGUAUUUUUCAUCUUUUCAGUGAAACUCGCGCUGGCUAUGCAAAUAUUUGGGUUUUCUGUGAGGCUGUCAUCCUCGUUUUUAUGGAUUCAGAUAUACAGGCUAGGGGUUUCACGUGUAGACAGUGCAUAUCCCCAUGAGGUAGAUACUGAUUCAAGAACUAGCUUUUUAAGUCCGGUGACUCCUGCUGCAGUUAGACAAGACCCAGAUCCUGAUGAGAUACUAGGGGGCUCAAUCUAUGACCCCUCUUAUUAUUCAUCACUUUUUGAAGAUGGUCAAGACAGACGCUUAAGUAGGGUUAACCGAAGUGGCACUGGUGAUGAUGAGUCUUUAUCUGCCGCAGAAGCUUCUGAACUGAAGACAUCCGUUGGGAGGUCCUUUCGGGAUGCAGAUGUUAAUAGUUCAAGAACCAUAUCUCAGCAUGAGAUUGCAAAUAAGCCUCAGAGUGUAUAGGUUUGAUGCUACCUUCCACUUCUCAUUUCCUGAGUCCCUAGUUUGAAAAGGACGACAGGGGAACGACCCUGUGCUGAGGAAAGACCUGGCAAAUAGCGUUUAGGAGCGGGACCUUUUGCUUUCUCGUUUGCUUUUCUUGACUUUGACAUGAAGUGAAGGCCACGCAGCAGAUGUGAGCUGUUCCUUUUCCCCUUUCACCAAUGAAGCGAAGGUCAUUGACAUCAACCUCGUCCGACCAGUCAAAGUCACGUGACUCCACCAUCAAUCUGCAAGUCAAGCUCUUGUUGCCUGAUCCAAUCUCGUGUGCUAUAUACCUACCGCCACGCAUCAUCUUUGAACCAAAAUCCUGCCUCGACUGCGAGGUCUUGUCAAGACUCGGCGGGGUUUUGCGCGGUCGUGGACCGGAAAUAGUCAUUAAUCUCGUGGGACCCACGCCAUUAGUGGUCGCGAUGGACUCGGUUCGUGGGGACGCAGAUCCGGACAAGUAUCUGCCCUCGAUUGCUUUAUCUUGUGCUCGUUUCCCAAUGGUUCAAGAUAAAGCCAAAAAAAUUCGCUAUAAUAGGGCUACAUCGGUUGGUAUUGUUAACUAUGACUAAAUUAAGACAGGGUUUCAAUAAUUUGACCUAGUGUAUUUAAAGGGUAAGUUUGUUUCGCAAAAGAUAAAUGAAUUGUCGAGGUUCGUGAC